CACUCUUCCGCUUUGGGACACUCCCUACAAAACAUGCACACCAAUCACAAUCAAAAGUUGACGUUUUCUCUAAAGCUGUCUUACCCUUUCUGUUUUUUGUGUGUCUUUUUUAACCCUCUGUUGCUCAUUCCGCUCAGCUGUCACUUACAACCUCCACGCCAAUAUCUAGCUAUGUGACAAUUUCUAUUUACUUGAAGUAUUUCCUGGUCGUGGUGGUCCCUGCUGUCUGCUGCUGGGUCUCUACUCUCUCGUGAGGAGCCGCUGCCGCUGCAUGCUGCUGCUGCCGCUGCUCUCCUGACCGCGUCCAUCUAUGGCGUCCGUGUACAGCGGAUCUCAUACCCUGAGCAAGGAUGAUGUGAAUUACAGAAUGCAUUUCCGAAUGAUAAACGAGCAGCAGGUUGAGGAUAUCACCAUAGACUUCUUCUACAAGCCGCACACGAUAACGCUGCUGACAUGCACGGUGCUCAGCUUGAUGUAUUUCGCCUUCACAAGAGAUGAUGGGAAUCCUGACAGUAAUCUCUGGGUGGGGCUCAUCCUGGUCAUCUCCUUCUUCCUUGUCAUCAGUGUAUUGGCAUUUCCUAACGGUCCGUUCACCAGACCACAUCCGGCAAUAUGGCGAAUAGUUUUUGGUCUGAGUGUCCUCUACUUCCUGUUCCUGGUUCUCGUCAUCUUCCUCAACUGGCAGCAGGUGAAGCAGCUAAUGUACUGGCUCGACCCAAACCUGCGUUAUGCCAAAAGAGAGGCGGACAUAAUGGACUAUGCUGUGAACUGCCAUGUCAUCACCUGGGAGAGGAUCUUGAGCCAUUUUGACAUUUUCGCAUUCAGCCAUUUCUGGGGAUGGGGUAUGAAGGCCCUGCUCAUUCGCAGCUAUGGCCUCUGCUGGACCAUCAGUAUUACCUGGGAGCUUACUGAGCUGUUUUUCAUGCAUCUGCUGCCUAACUUUGCCGAGUGCUGGUGGGACCAGGUGAUUCUGGACAUUCUGCUGUGUAAUGGAGGAGGCAUCUGGCUCGGCAUGACUGUCUGCCGUUUUCUGGAGAUGAGGACCUACCACUGGGCCAGUAUUAAGGACAUCCACACCACCACAGGGAAGAUCAAGCGAGCCAUGUUACAGUUCACCCCUGCGAGCUGGACCUACGUACGCUGGCUGGACCCAAAGUCCUCCCUGCAGCGAGUGGCGGGCGUCUACCUGUUCAUGAUCAUUUGGCAGCUAACAGAGUUGAACACAUUCUUCCUCAAGCAUAUUUUCGUCUUUCCUGCGAGCCAUGCUCUCAGCUGGUGUCGGAUCCUGUUCAUCGGUAUCAUCACAGCUCCGACAGUGAGGCAAUAUUAUGCGUACCUUACAGACACACAGUGCAAGAGAGUUGGGACCCAGUGCUGGGUGUUUGGAGCGAUAGCCUUCCUGGAGGCCUUGGCGUGUAUUAAGUUUGGACAGGACUUGUUCUCGAAAACACAGAUCCUCUAUGUGAUCCUCUGGCUGCUGUGUUUGGCCUUCAUUACAUUCCUGUGCCUAUAUGGAAUGGUGUGGUUUGCUGAAAAUUAUGGUCCAAGAGGAAAGAGCCUCUCAGAAUGUGAAGACAGUAAUUACACAGAAUCUGCUGACUUCUUCUCAGAAGGAUUUAAAGGAGAGACGGAGCUGGACGACAACAGCCCUACGACCAGACGCAGAGGGAACACCAAAUCCAUCAACGGCCUGGACAGCCAGUAGGAGUUGGAGUUAAAGGCUGGUGGGUGACUCCUGAACUCACUCCAAGGAGCCUGGUGUGAAGGAUCACAGGUUGAAAAAAAAAAGGCGGGGGGGGGAUGAAGAUGCAACCACUUCCUGGUGUAAUUGAAGUCUAGAAAGCCCCAAGCUACAGUAGAGGGAGUAGAGACAGGAGGGACAGAACAGGUCCAUGCAGUGUUAGCAGGAUUGUACAGAGGCUUGGACAACAGAGAUAUAUGCCUAACUGUGAGCUGUAGUUAUAAAAAAAUAAAAUAAUAAUAAUAAUGAUAAAAAAAAAACUCCUCCUAAACCACUGAUCACAGGUUUGCGUGAGUGUGAAAGCAAGAGAAAGAGUGCGAAUGUCUGAGGGAAAGAGGCGUCAACAAAAACUGCCGAUUCUAGAUGUGACUGCAUGAUCAUUGUAGCUGAGAAACUAUAAUUUAGAAACAUUUAUCCUAUGAUACAGUAUAUCAUUGAUGGUUAAUGUGCAUUUGACCGGUUUAACACCGGUCUUAACUCCAGUAUGUUGGUUCAACACAUUUCAAUGUUAAAAGCCAUUAUCUAGAAUUUAUCAAAUUAAUCGGAGCCUCUAUGUUCAUAGCCCAGGAAGGCUGAAGUCUUUUUUAUUAGCGUCUGUUUUUUAUUGUCUAUUUACAUCACAGAUGUUGACACAUGUUUGGAUUUGAAUGUGGGCAGGAUUUCAAUGCAAGACAGCUUUAGCUUGUUAUCAACUGAGGUUUUUUGUUUGACCUGGAACAAAGCAAAGCACACAGUUUAAGCACUUUUCAGAAUGUUUUCUUGCAAAUACUGUACAUUUUGUAAUGUUUGAGUAUUUUGUGAAUCAUUGUGACUUUGAGUGAUUUUACUCUCCUGUCCAUCUGUGGCUGCUAUCUUUUUUUUUUUUUCUUUUUUUUUUUUACUGUACUGAUAAGAGAGGGCAAUUACUGAAAAAAAAUCCUGCAUGUGUUGUCAGGCUUUGUUUUGCUGUCGACCUUCUUGUUGUUGCAUAUGUUGCAUUUGCAUGGCUGUGUUAAAUCAGAUCAAGUGUUUUGGUAGGAAAAUGUUACAAUAGUAGUCAACAGAUAUUUAUAUAACACCACACACCAGGAUGCCAGUAUUGUUCUCUUCAUGUCUCUCACUGACAUUGUAACAUUUUAAUUUGCUCUUUGUGCCUGUUUUGCAUGUUGUUGUUUUUUUUUAUUCGAAACUUUUCUCAGUUUGCACUGGGACUAAAUUUGGGCUUUAUGUCUUUGAUUCUUCUGUACUUCGAGUGCUAUUCUGAAUGUUUAUUUUCAUUUGCUCUGUCAGCAUCAUCUCAGUACAGAUAUAUCCCUCAUAAUCCUCGACAAUCCAGACGUUGACCUCUGUGGAAUGGACCAGGCUACAGUAGACACUAUAAAUGGUACAUUGUGUCUGGAUUUAGAUGUCAUUUGCCAAAAGCAAUUCUGUUGAAAAUGACUUGUGCUGUUCUUUUUUCACUGUGAAAUAAUGAAACAUAUUAAAAUAUUUUACAUUUCCUCUUAACAUUUUUUGUGAGU